UGCUGUUCUGAAAAGUCACCCCUUAGAGAUGGCCCCAAGCAGGAAGAUAGUUUACUUUGUCUUCACUUUGUUUUUCAUUUUGGCCCAACUGCCGUCAGGCUGCCGGGCAGGACUUGAUUAUGCCCCAUUAUUUCCAGCAGGUGAGGGCAGCGUCUGCGAGACCUGCAGGCUUGGUCGGGGCAAGUGCAGGAGGGCGUGCCUGGAGAACGAGAAGGUGGAAGGCAACUGCAUGCUGAACCUUUUCUGCUGCCGGGAGCGGCUCUGAGACAGCGGCGUGGUUCUCUUCCUGGCCCGAGGAGCAGGACUGAUGGACUUUUAAGGGUGGUCAAGAGAACCUGUACGGCUGAGCUAAGUCACACAAUAAGCGAGGUUCGGUACCCUCUGAUUUCUUCCCUUUUCUUAGGUUCUUUGUCGUGAGUUUAUAUGCUCUUUGAAAAUCAUCACCUGAACAAAGAGGAAAUGACUACUUAAUCAAAACUACUAAUCAUAGAGGAUGACAUUAUAAUUUAUGAAUUAGGUUUGCAUAUCUUCUUGGAUGGCUCAAGGUACAUUUCUGAGUACCCAUGAAGCGCAUUUUGUCAUUCAUAUUUGAAAAAAUAUGAGGCCAGCCAGUUUAUCCUCUCCUCCGAGGUUUGGCUAUGAGCCAGUGUGUAUCCAGCUGUCAUGUACUGUGUGCCUACCUGCAUGGAUUAAUGUUCAUAGAACUCAUAGAGGAAUGGGAGUGUCAUACACAUCUAUGUUAGUAAGGUAUAAUUUUACAGAAUAAAUUUUGUCCACUUCAUUUUUGUAUGGUAGUGUAUUAACAUUCAUUGAUUCUAGUACUUAUGAUGCAUUUUUAAAACAACUUCCAUAUACUUAGUUAAUGCCUAUAGUAUAAAUUUUGGGUUUCUCUUCUUGCCUGUGAGAGAAAUGAUUAGAGAGUAACUUAAAAUGCUCAGAGCAGAAAUUAUUGUGCAACAUUGUCUGUAUUAAAUACAGAUUGUAGCUCCACAAAGUAUAUAUCAAACUUACUAGUCACAGCACCCAAACCAGAUUGUGCAUGUUUAACAUGUGAGAAUGAACAACAUUUUCCAUAAAAUUUGGACCUACUGUAAUUUAUUUUGUAGAAGGAUUCAUUCACCUGUCUGAUAGUCACUCAGGGUCAGGGCAGAGGCUGUGUCCUGGUAACACUUUUCCAAUGACCCACAGGUAUGCAGAGUCAGGAGUGUCUCCCAUGGAUUUCUCUCUUGUCACCAUUUCUCUCUUUCUUCUCCUUCUUAUGCACUUGGGCCACCUUCUGGUGUUUUCCAUGGAAUGUCCCCUUCUUCCCUGUGGCACCCAGUCCUUCCUAGAGGAUACUGUCUUGAACCAGUCUAAGUUCAUACUGAAAAUUCAGCUCUUUGAUGCAUCAACUGCAUGGAAAGUAAUUGCUUCCUCGGGUCAACUUUGGUUGAUUCCAUGAGAAGUCAGGGAGCUUUCAGGCUUAGCUCCUGCCAGAUGUGUGAAAGGGAACAGUCUUCUGAAUGGUGGGCAUCUUUGAAGGGGAUGGCCAGGAAGAAGAGGUCCUGGUGCAUCUGGUUUGCUUUCCAAACGUAUUCACUGUAGUCUACAUCACUCCCCUCUUUGCACUACUUUUACCCUAUUAAUUUUUAACAUAACAAUUAUUGCCCUAUUAUGCUAACCACAGGUUAUUCAACUUGGGCCUAAGCUUCUACUUCAAAACUCUUCUACAGUACCUGAAA